AUGAAUUUGCAAAAUCCAAAGGUCGCUCGAGUCACAAGCUUGGAUCCGGCAGAAUUUAUGUAUGAUCUCUCAGAUCUUGAUGACACAAUUGAUCCCAGUGAUGCUGAGUUCGUAGAUGUGCUACAUACGUCAUGGGUGUCACGUGUUCCAAAGGGUCACGUGGAUUUCUAUCCAAAUAAUGGAGAUACGGGUCACAUGAUGGCUGUCUAUUAUUACACUGACUCUAUCAAAGCAAAGUGUAGAUAUACAUCAUAUAAAUGCACCAACUGGAAAGACUUUGAAGCAGGAAAAUGUGCUACAGAUUGCAGCAACAACAGCUGUAAUGAGAUGGGACAUUAUGCUAGUCCAGAUAAGGCCAGGGGACGAGUGUACAUAAAUGUUAAAGACGAUGCCCCAUAUUGUCGAUAAUAUGAAAAUACGACUGUCUUUGAUUCAUACUAAAUUCAAAGAUUAAAGCAUUAUACUUGAUAUAAUCAAUACAGCAUGUGUUAUUUUUUCCAACGCGUCUUUUAGUUAAUUCACAAUCUCCGAGCAUUUCAUUUCGUUUAGUGCAAAUUGGCUGCUUUAGAAAUGCAUUGAACGAACUGUCACGGGCUUAGAAAGG